AUGUCAUCAUCAUCAUCAUCAUCGAGUGCAGACCAAGUACUAACUUUAAAUAAUAUAGUUACACAAACGAAUCGUUAUUUUGCUACAUUUAUAUUCAUUUUUGGUUGUGUUGGAAAUAUUUUGAAUAUUUUUGUUUUAUCACAAAAAAUUCUUCGUUCAAAUCCCUGUGCAAUAUUAUUCUUGUAUUCUUCACUCGCUGCUCUUAUUUCACUUAUUGCUGGACUCAGUCCUCGAAUAUUAAGUAGUAUAACAAUUGAUCUUUCUGAUACAGUUCGAUGGAUUUGUAAAAUGCGUGGUUUUACUUUAUUUACAUUUCGUGCAAUUGCAUUUUGGUUGAUUAUGUUAGCAACAAUUGAUCGAUGGCUUUUAUCAUCUAUGGAUGUUCAUCGACGACAUCUUAGUUCAAUUAAAAAUGCUAGACUUGGUAUCAUUGCAGUAACAUUUUUCUCAACUAUUGUUCAUUGUCAAUGUUUUUAUUGUUACGAAUCAAAUCUUAUUAACACUCCAGGCAAAUGUUUUAGCAAUGGAAUGGCAUGUCGAUUAAUAAACGAUAUGUUAUUUGCUAUUUGUGCUAUUCUUAUACCUUUAGCAAUAAUGAUAGUCUUUGGUUUGAUGACUAUUUCAAAUGUACGUCAUUCUCGAAAUCGUAUUUAUCAUUCAACGGCACAUGUAUUAACUGUCAGUCAAUCGAAAUCGACAAAACGGUCGAAUAAAGCUGAUCAUCAUCUGUUGGUAAUGCUUUUUGUACAAGUAAUUCUUCUUGGUCUAUUGACAAUUCCAUUAUCUAUCGAAAAAUUAUAUUCAACAUUUACAUCCGAAGAAGUUAAAUCUAAUCUUCAUGUAGCUAUUGAAAAUAUGAUUUAUAAUUUUGUUCUUCUUCUUACUUAUUUAGCUAAUGGAAUUCCAUUCUAUGUUUAUACUUUAAGUAGUGGAACUGUAUUUCGAAAAGCUUUUUUCGAUUUGAUUAGAUGCUAA